AGGGACUUUCCUGGAAGCUGCACAAGUAGAGAUGCUUGAAAACGAGGUCGUGUGACGUCAGCAGCUGAAUCAGCCAGAGCAUCGCAGAGAGCCCAGGGCCCCGGUCACCGACACUUACCGCUCCAGCCCUGGGAUCACGGUUUCAGUGGAACUGUAUUUGCGGCAAACAUGGCUACUUCCUCCUCGUCCAACAUUGAAGACGAAAGUUUAAAAGGCUGUGAAAUCUACGUUCAGAAAUAUAACAUCCAGCAGAUUCUGAAGGAAUGUAUUGUGAACCUGUGCAUCGCCAAACCAGACCGUCCGAUGAAAUUCCUCAGAGAUCACUUCGACAAAUUAGAGAAGGAAGAAUGCAAGCAAAUUUUGGCUCAGCAAAAGUCAAAUUCCCAGUCUGACUCUCACGAUGACGAAAUAUCCCCACCUCCUCCUAACCCGGUGGUGAAGGCUCGACGUAGGAGGGGAGGAGUCAGUGCAGAGGUCUACACAGAGGAGGACGCAGUUUCCUAUGUUAGAAAGGUUAUUCCAAAGGACUACAAGACAAUGACAGCACUGGCCAAAGCGAUCUCCAAAAAUGUGCUCUUUGCCCAUCUUGAUGACAAUGAACGAAGUGAUAUAUUUGAUGCCAUGUUUCCUGUCAAUCACAUCGCUGGUGAGACUGUCAUACAGCAAGGUGAUGAAGGUGAUAACUUCUACGUCAUUGAUCAAGGAGAAGCGGAUGUCUAUGUCAAUGGCGAAUGGGUGACCAGCAUUGGAGAAGGAGGUAGCUUUGGAGAACUUGCAUUAAUCUAUGGAACUCCAAGAGCUGCAACUGUCAAGGCCAAGACAGAUCUCAAACUGUGGGGCAUUGACCGGGACAGCUACAGAAGGAUACUAAUGGGGAGCACGUUGAGAAAGCGGAAGAUGUAUGAAGAAUUCUUGAGCAAAGUCUCCAUUUUGGAAUCGCUAGAUAAAUGGGAACGCCUGACAGUGGCGGAUGCUCUGGAGCCUGUUCAGUUUGAAGAUGGAGAGAAGAUUGUAGUUCAGGGAGAACCUGGUGAUGACUUCUUCAUCAUAACUGAGGGCACCGCAUCUGUUCUACAACGUAGAUCGGACAAUGAAGAGUAUGUGGAAGUGGGACGACUGGGACCGUCAGAUUACUUUGGUGAAAUUGCCUUGUUGUUGAAUCGUCCCCGGGCAGCAACUGUGGUCGCCCGUGGACCACUUAAAUGUGUCAAACUUGAUCGCCCUCGCUUUGAACGGGUUCUUGGGCCUUGUUCAGAGAUCCUCAAGAGAAACAUUCAGAGAUACAACAGCUUCAUCUCCCUCACUGUUUAAGAUGUUUCCUUCGAAACGCCAUAUAUGUUGUUAUCUCGUGCAGUCCUCCAAGUUUGACACGUGCAGUUCCAUAGCUUAAUGCAAAAAGGAAGUUGUGCAUUCAUUGUACAUUUUGAUAGUUGUGUCUGCUGCAUCAGACACCAUUUGAAUAAUUUGCUUACACAGAAAUCUCACAAUGGGGUAUGCAUCGUCAGCAGAGAUUUUAUUGUGCAAUAAUGUAUUAUUUUAAAAUUUUAUAAUUGUGGCUGUUCUCUGGGUUCCAAAUUUACUCAUACUACUGAGGGACACCAUAUACAAAACAAUAUAGUGACAAACGUUUGGUAGAAAUAAUUGCGGGCACAACCAGAUGUCAAGCUAAUAUUAUCUAUUCAAACAUCAUUGGUAAACAAUUUGUAGUUUGGUUGACGACAGUGGAAUUGUGUAAAGCAUUAUUUAUCAUAUUGUACAUUUGUGUUGACAAUUUAUAAAAUAUAAUAUACUUGUAGCAAAACAAGUCUCUCAUUCAUCAUAACGAAUGUCAGGUAUCCCACUUCUAUCACCAUUAAAUAGACCAUUGUAAAGCAAGUGGUUUACGUAAAAUAUAUAUUUUCAGUUUGCUGAACGCUCCUUGUGGGUGAAUUUUAUAUUUAUAUCUCAUUACAUUCCAGUUCAUAUUUUUAUGGAUAUAGGUGGGAAUAUAUUAAAAUUAAUAGUUUAUCUUUUCAAGAAUCAUGUACUUUGUAUACCCCAUUCUUCAACUGUUAUAAUUUAAUGCACAAUUUCCUUUUUGGUUCUUUUUGGGACAAUUUUAUCUGUAAGUUUUUAUACUAUACAGGUUUAUCAAAUUUUACUAAGGAGAUUAUUGGGGCAGUGUCGAAUUAUUUCUAGGACCAUAUUUCAAUUCCUGUACUACAGAGUAAAUGUGAUUCUAACAUUAAUAUAUUUGGUGCAAGAUCGACUGCAGGAUUGUCAGGGACCAUUUCUUUAAUUAUGCUGUGCAUUUUAUUUAUAUAUUCAUGAGAAAUCACAGAAAAUCUGUGAUCAGUACAACUUGGUGGAGCCACGUAUAAAUCAACACCGAAUACUAUCACUCUGAUCAGAUGCAUACAAAUAUUUAUAGCAGAGAGGCUGGGCUCACCUGAACAUACUUACAUUACUUGGGUGCUGUGACGAACAGAUACGACAUGCAAAAAACAAACAAACAGCGUACUCAACUUCAUAUUGGUUUUAAAUAAUAUAACAUUUUUAAAAACACAUUGUACAGCGCUACGGAAUCUGAUGGCGCUAUAUAAAUAAUAAAAUAAUAAUAAAACCACCUGACUUAACUAAAAUAAGAUGGACUUUUAAAGCCAGCGAGAAAUUGAGUGCUCUCUACAUUUAGGUAGAAUUUGACAAUUGCUGAUACACUUAAAGAACUGCACGGCAGAAAACCAGACAAUAAACAUGACUGGGUACAAAACAAAAUCUAAAACACUCUUCGUUGCUAUUAAAGGGUUAAAUCCACAUGUGACAACUGCACAAAGCAAAGGGAUGGGGGAGGCAGCAAAGCUGUCCAGAGCAGGCUCCGAGUGUAUUCUUUUGUUUAUUUAAAUAUACUUUACAGACUGCUUUUAAACUCCGUUUUGUAACUGAAGACAUCGAGGUGUGGUCCUUUUGUGUAUUUUACAGCAAUCAUCAGUGUCUAAAGUAGAUACUACCCCCCACACAGACUUUUCAAGCAAUGCUUUUGUAUGAGUUUUAUAUGUCUUUACUAUAUUCUCAGCUGUCACAGGGUUUAUACAUUUGCUUAAAAGUUGCUGAAAAAAAAUUAGCAGUGAGCAUGUCCGUCACAAAGCAAAUACACCCAAACCCCCUCAAAGGCACCCAUACAUUCUUUAUACAUACUUCUUCAUCCCAUUGUUUGAAUACAACAUUUUCAUAUUUAUUUUGUUCUUUUGCCGUUUGCUUUAGCAAUUGUAUAUUUGACAAUAAACAUCUACUCUGCAAUGGAAA